UGGACAAGACGGACAAUUUAUUCAAACGUUAAGCGGUUGUUCACGCAGAUGAUGCCAGUAUAAAUGUAUUUGUUUGUGCCAACUCGAAAGGGUGUUUCUGCACUGCAUGUCCAACUCUCGAUUUGAAAUCGUCCACCUAUAUAAGCGCUUCCAUCUGAGUCCCGGAGAAGGAAGGCUGCUGUUGUGAUUCCCAUCCAUUGAUUCAACUGGGAGGCAGUGCCAUUGACGUCACCACUUCCAGCUGAGCGAAAGAAGCAGGAAACUAAAAAAAAAAAAAAAAAAAGCAGAGCGCUCCUGGUCUCAGACGACGCCGUGUCGUGCAGCACAGCAGCCAAAUCCACGGGCAGACACACGGGUGGACGGCAAUGGAGGGGUCCUCGGAGGAAGAGCACAAGGAGAGAUUACUGUGGAACGUCAAAAGAGAGGUGAAACAGAUCAUGGAGGAAGCGGUGACGAAAAAGUUUGUCCACGAGGACAGCAGCCACAUCAUAGCUCUGUGCACUGCCAUCGAGUCCUGCCUCAGCCAUCUCCUGAAGAGACGAACCGCUGGUUUCCUGCACAGUGACAAAAUCGCGGCGCUCUUCACGAAAAUCGGAAAAGUUUACGACACCGCCGGUGAGAUCUGCCGCAAAGUACAAGAGCAGCUCCAGCAGCAGUCUGAUAGUAGCAGGAGAAGUCAGAGUGUGGGACACGAACCUCUGAGGAGACAGGGAUCCUCCACCACCAGCAGACCUCCUCAGCUGCUCUCGGCUCAGGCUGUCAAACAUAUAUGGAUCAGGACGGCGCUCUUCGAGAAGGUCCUGGACAAGAUUGUGCAGUACAUCGUGGACAAUGCCAGUAAAUACUACGAGAAGGAGGCUCUGAUGCAUGACUCCGUGUUCGGGCCCAUUUUGGCGGCUCUACUAGUUGGUCCAUGUGCUCUGGAGUACACGAAGCUGAAGACGUCGGACCACUUCUGGACGGACCCAUCAGCCAAUGAGCUGGUUCAGCGCCAUCGGAUCCAUGGAGCUCACCGAGGUCAGGAUGUUACAGCGGGCCGCAGACCUGCCCUUGGGAUUCGUAAGAGACAGUCAAGCGGAAGCAUGUCUGAGGACAGAUUUGCUGCAUCUGCAAGAGAGUAUGUGGAGAGUCUUCACCAAAACUCUAGAACGCACCUUCUCUACGGCAAAAACAACGUCCUGGUCCAGCCUAAGAAGGACAUGGAGGUGUUGCGGGGUUACCUGUCACUUCAUCAGGCAGGUGAAAGCCUCACUCUCAAGUGGACACCAAACCACCUCAUCAAUGGCACGCUGGGAGACUGUGACCUGGAGAAAAGUAUCUACUGGGAUUAUGCACUCACCGUUCCGAUUCGCCAGAUCGUCUGCAUCCACUGUCACCAGCAUUCUGACUGUGGGGGCACACUGGUGCUGGUUAGUCAAGAUGGGAUACAGCAGCCGCCUCUCCAUUUUCCUCCCGGUGGUCACCUGCUGGCUUUCCUCUCCUGUCUCGAAACUGGGCUCUUGCCACGUGGUCAGCUGGAGCCUCCUCUUUGGUCCCAAAAGGGCAAAGGUAAAGUGUUCCCAAAAUUACGAAAGCGAAGCAGUGCCGCCCGGCUCAUCGACCAAGACCGAAGCAUGGAUGACCAGGAAACUGCUGACUAUGUGUUCCGGAUCGUCUACCCUGGAUACAGAUACAAUGCUACAGUCACUAUAAACUACCACCACACCACGGGCAGUCGAGCUCCGUCGCUGGACGACGAUGAGGAAGAGGAAGAUAGGCUCCAUGCUAUGAUCUCAAUGAUCUGCUCGCGGAACCUCACAGACCCAAAUGUCAUGAAAGACCACGGAGAUAUGAUGGACAUGCAGCCUUUUGGUGGGAGCCCGUCAUCGUGGCAACAAUCUGAAGUUCACGACUCACUGUGCCAGUCAUGCUGUACCGCUGGAGGCAGCAUGUCGUUUGACUACCCAGCAGGAUGUAGCUGUUUACACGAGUCGGCAGAUAUCCACACGGUUCCUUUGAAGAUGCUCUGCCAGAACAUGAAGAGACAGAUCGUGUCCAGAGCCUUCUAUGGAUGGUUGGCCUACUGUCGACACCUGUCCACUGUGCGGACUCAUCUGUCAGCCCUGGUCAACCACAACAUUGUUCCUCCAGACAGACCGUGUGAGGCGUCAGGGGGUCUCAGCAAAGAGGUGUGGAGCAAGUACCAGAAGGACUGCAAGAACUACAAGGAGCUGGAGCUGCUUCGGCUGGUUUACUACGGUGGAGUUCAGCACUGUAUCAGGAAGGAAGUCUGGCCCUUCCUGCUGGGACACUACAAGUUUGGCAUGGCCAAGAAGGAUAUGAGCCAGAUUGACAAGCGGGUGAGUGACCACUACCAGCAGGUGAUGCAGGAGUGGAAGGCCUGUGAGGUGAUAGUCAAGCAGAGAGAGAAGGAGAUGCAGUCGGCCAUCUUCGCCAAACUGUCUUCAGGAAGCAGCAUCGACAGUCAUGUUCUCCGACUCGUUCACCGAGACUCCACACUCAGCAACGAGGUGUUCAUGUCAGUGGACGAGCCGGACGGAGUCAGCCAGGACACCCCGAGUGGAGAUGACUGCACUCAGACCAUGACCACCCUGGUACCCCCUGCAGCCGCCCCCCAAGAGGAGCGACCCUUAGUGGAGUUUGACUCACCGGACUCCGGCCUGCCUUCCUCCAGAAACUACUCAGUGACCUCUGCUCAUUCCCAGAUCCUGUCCAGCAUAGACGACGAACAGAGUACGGAGGAGGAAGGCGGGAUCGGGGAUGAGGGCAGGACUCCAUGUGAGCUGGGGGGGCGUCAGGACUCUCUGACCGAGGACAGACUAUGCAGUCAGCUGGACAAGCUAAUGACCAAUGGGGCCACUGCUGGAGGGAUUUCCCCUUCUUUGUCCUCGUAUACGAUUGAGCUGCUGGACACAGUGGCCCUCAACCUGCACAGAAUAGACAAAGACGUCCAGCGCUGUGACCGCAACUACUACUACUUCACCACUGCCAACCUGGAGAAACUACGCAACAUCAUGUGCAGUUACGUGUGGGAGCAUCUGGAGGUGGGUUACGUUCAGGGCAUGUGUGACCUCCUGGCGCCACUCAUGGUUAUCCUGGACGAUGAGUGCCUGGUCUACAGCUGCUUCACUCAACUGAUGAAGAGGAUGAGCCAAAACUUCCCAAAUGGUGGAGCCAUGGACACACACUUUGCUAACAUGAGGUCCCUCAUCCAGAUCCUGGACUGUGAGCUGUUCGAACUGAUGCAACAGAACGGAGACUACACUCACUUCUACUUCUGCUAUCGCUGGUUCCUACUGGACUUCAAGAGAGAGCUGCUGUAUGACGACGUGUUUGCAGUGUGGGAGGUGAUCUGGGUGGCCCCCAGGAUCUCCUCGCAGCACUUUGUCUUGUUCCUGGCGCUGGCUUUGGUCACUGUUUACCGUGAGAUCAUCAUGGACAACAACAUGGACUUCACCGACAUCAUCAAGUUCUUCAACGAGAUGGCCGAGCGCCAUAACGUCCAGCACAUCCUGAAGCUGGCGCGAGAGCUAGUCCACCGUGUCCAGUCUCUGAUGGACAACAAGUGAGCGGAAGUCUCAGCCGCCCAUGUAGUCCAGGCGUCUGUGUCGGAGAGCAGAUCCAGUCUGUCUGUUUACUGUCACAUGGCUCCCCCUGCUGUCUGGUCCAACAUGUGGAAGUGUCUGCAUGCUUGUGAGUUUGAGCACACUGUGAUUGCACCCUCGAUCCGUCCAGUCUGACUGUGUGUGUGGAUGUGUGUGUAUGUGUGCGUGUGUGUGUGUGUGUGCAUGAAACCAGACCUUUACACCCCCACCUCUGUCCUGCGCUCUCAGCUGAAUGGCCAGCAUUAGAGAGCGUCAGGAGUCCCAGACUGAAGCCACGAAGACCACAUUAGUGACCAAAUGAACUGUGCCAACAACUCCUGAGUGUUUUUUACAAGCAUAAGUGUGUUGCCCGCUCCUUCCCCGCCCAGAUGAACCCCUCUCCCAGCUGGGGCGGGUUCGCCCUCUCACAAAUGUUGCCUUUGCCAGUUAUAGCCCGCCUUCCUGUUCUGCACUUCAGCCAGUGUGUGACUGGUGCCGGUGACGCCUCCCGAGCGAGGCCCGAGGUGCCGCGAAGAACCAGGAUGAGCUGCAGCCAAAUGGUUGUGCACCAUGUUUGAGCCCUGCUCCCAGCAGAAGCACAGAGACAAAGCACACCCACUCCCCAGCCAGGGUCAGCUCCGUAACCUCUCACACACACACAUAAGUCCAGCGUCUUUGACCAGCCGAAUACAGACAAUGUUUAUUUUGUAGCGAUCGAUUGCAGUCAGACCAGCCUCCAAAUCAAAUUUAGAAUCAAGACAAAUGGCUCCCACACUCCAAAGUCAGGUUGCUAACGCCAGCUUAUGUCAGACACUAUGAGAGGACAUGUCUGUGGUGCUACAAAAGUCUUCAUUUGUCAAGUAUUUUAGCCGUCCAGAUUUACAUCUCCUCCUCCCAAAGGGAUCCAGGCCCAGUAAGACAGCAGGCCAUAUAGGUCAGCGUGGAGGAGUGGCUCUGUGUUGAGUCUCUCCCAGUUGACUGAGCUCAGCGUUUCUCCAAUCCAGCCACCCACGUUUCGACGACUUGCAUCGCGUCCUUUUGGUCACGACCCACAUUCAGUGACCAUAAUUUGACGUGGCAACCAUAAAAACUGUGGACAGACAGAACAGGUGAGCAGUGGCAGGAGUCCAACGCUGACAGCCCCAUCAGUGGUGACUCUUCUGCCUCACCUGACGCACUUCAGACGUGCAAUACAAACAUCAAUCCUGAGGCAACGGUGCGUCAGCCUGUUUAUCAUGAAAACACAAACAGUAAAAUUCAGACAACGCAUAAUUAAACAAUUUUUACUUGUAUUUAUUUUAGGGAAUUCGUGAUUAAUUAAUCGCAGUUGAAUGGUAUAAGAAUAUUUGCCACAAGAAGCCGCAUUUUUCAAUUUGAAUGAAUUGAAUUUGGUAUAUUACUGAAUCAAAUGAUGGACCCAUACAUAGAGUUAAACAACAAACUAUUGUUUAUUUCGCAUCAGUUUGACAAUGGCACAAUAAAUCACCAUGGUGGCUAUAUUCAAGUUUUUAUAUCACAUUAUUGAAAUCAAAGCUCUUUUAAACUCUUUUAAUGUCUUGAAAACAUUUGUAUAAGAAUUUCAGUUUUAUAAUAUUAAAUUAAAAAAUAAAUUAAAUUAUUUUUUUGUAAUUGAGUCCCACCUCUAAUUUAUUUCUAUUAGAGUGCGCUGUCCAACAAUGACCUAUGUUCCCCUCCUGAAGUCUUUGUGCUGCACAAUGAUUCACUGGACUAGUACAAGUGUUAGUGGAGUAUCACCAGCUCUACCACGAGCCGAGUCAAACAUGCUGACUGGUGACAACUGCUGGCUGCAAUCAUCCCCCCCGUGUUCUUGUUCUCCAGCGCCCCCUUCUGGGUGGAGCCAACAGGAGUCAAUCAAUCCACCCUGAGACACUGCUGCAUUUGAUGCCAAACUAGAACCAGUAUUCAGGGACCUAGCGUUAGGUUGCUCCAGCACAGAGGAUGUGUGUGCCUGAAGGAGUUUCCAUACCCCAAACCUCCCCCACCUGGUCUUCUCCUCCCAGUGUGAACUCUGUCCAGUACCACUGCAUUGGCUGCCCAGCACCGACUUGCAUCUGUGAUCCAAGUGCCAUGAGUCUUCCCCAAUCCUCUCAAGUGUACUGUAGUUGUUGGGCUCUCUGAGGCGCCAGACCCCGAUCCACCACCUCUCUGCCUGCCACCACCCCCCAGCAACGGGGGUCUGUGCAGAGCAUCUCUUCUUCCAAUCAGGACACUAUGUACCAAAGCCUUGAACAGCCCCCUCCGUGGCAUGACGACAAUGUGCUGCAUCUUGAAGACUGACUGUUUACUACACAUGUUAACUAUUUUUGGGAGAAAAACAAUGUUUAUUCAAUAACUUGUGCAAUGUGUGGUUUGAAGAGGAGGAGUGGGCAUCGCUGUAAAUAACGGAAAAUGGGAUAUUUCUAAGGAGACAUUGAGAAAAGACACUUCAUACUCUCAAAUCUAUUUUUCUGUUCAGCUGUUUACUGUGCAAAAAUACAGAAUGUGUGGUUCAAGUUGACUGUUAAGUGUUCCUUCUCAAUGUUGUGCACUGACUUUGGAGAUUUCUAUUUAUUUAGGGAGGUUGCAUUACUGACUCUGUAUUGGUAAAAUGACGUAUCAUUUGCCUUGAAUGUAUUGUAUUAUUAAACAAGAGUUUGUUCA